AUGGCUCUUGAAACAUGGUUGGUCAAGGUAAAGAAGACGAUCUCGAGCAGUUUCGACACAGUUCGUAGCGCCACAGUACCAAAAGCUGCAGCAAAACCUGCACUAGUGAUCAAGAAAUCAAGCGUCGGGGUUUUAGCAUUUGAGAUCGCUGGCUUUAUGGCGAAGCUUCUCCAUCUAUGGCAAUCUCUAUCAGACAAGAGCAUCACUCGUCUUCGCAACGAAUCAAUAUCUCUAGAAGGAGUUCGCAAGAUCGUCUCCAAUGACGAAGAUUUUCUACUAGGCCUAGCAUGCGCAGAGAUAGUGGAAAAUCUCAGGCUAGUUGCAAAGUCGGUUUCAAGAUUGAGUAAGAAAUGUGAGGACUCAAAUCUCCGGUCCUUCGAUCGAUGCCUCCAGGAGUUCUCCAACACGGGGCGGGAUCCUCAUCACUGGGUUUUAAGCUGGAAGGAAAUGGAAGCCAAGAUCAAGAAAAUGGAUCACUUCGUUACCAUCACGGCCACGCUUCAUCGGGAGAUGGACGAGCUUUUGGUGGUUGAGAACAGUUUGAGGAAAUCUCAGUUACUGCAAUCCAACAAGGAGCGCGACCUGGGCACGCUUACAUUCAAAGAACAAAAGAUCACUGAGCUGCAACAGAAGCUUCUCUGGCAAAGGCAAGAAGUCAAGUACCUGAAAGAAAGAUCUUUAUGGGGUCGGAGUUUCGACACGGCCACAUUAUUGCUAGCAAAGUCAAUAUUCACCAUUCUCGCUAGAAUAAAGCUUGUUUUUGGCAUUGCUAAUACCAGUCACGGACAUCCAAUUUCUCUACCUCGGAGUCUCUCAGCUUCCGCUACUGUCUACCCUUCUGAACAUCCCAACACAUGCAAUUUUGUAUCCGGGCCAUUGAUGAAAAACCCGAAAUCGGAAGAUGAUCACCACCAAAAAGGUGCCACCACUAAUCCGGACAUUGAUCACGGCUUCUUUGAGGUAAACUCCAAGCCAAUGAAACCGCCUUCCAGUACACUAGGCGCGGCUGCUCUUUCCUUACACUACGCGAAUUUGAUCAUUGUCAUAGAGAAGAUGAUUAGGUCACCCCAGUUGGUGGGUAUUGAUGCCAGAGAUGAUUUAUAUUCCUUGCUGCCGAUCAGUAUUCGUUCGUCGUUGAGGGCAAGACUGAAAGGGGUAGGAUUUUCGGCUAGCGAUCCAUUUCUCGCUGGAGAAUGGAGGGACGCUUUGCAUAAGAUAUUGGGUUGGCUGUCACCAUUAGCACAUAACAUGAUCAAGUGGCAAAGUGAAAGGAGCUUUGAACAGCAAAAUUUGUCGCCCAAGACAAAUGUUCUUCUGCUGCAAACGUUGUAUUUCGCGAAUCAAGAGAAGACCGAGGCGGCCAUAACGGAGCUGCUAGUUGGGUUGAAUUACAUUUGGAGGUUUGAAAGGGAAAUGAACGCUAAGGCCUUGUUUGAGUGCACCACCAACUUCAACGGUUUCUUGAACUCGCAGAAUAAAAUUUCUUCUGAUUAG